AGCAAAUAUCCGAGUGUGAUCGCUCAAUCAUAAUGCAUAGGAUCCUCACUUGUUUAAUGUCUUUGAGUAUUCUAUGGGUCGAAAACUUUGGAUUGUGUUAAUUGAGUUUUUUCUUUGGUGCAUUAGAUCGGUUUUAGUUGAGGAUUAACUUUGAUUUUUGUGAAUGUUAUGAUUUUUGGUUCUGUUUAGAUGUAGCUCGUCUUUUUUUUUUUUUUUUCUGAUGGAAACAGUUGUUCAUCACAAGUUGGUCCUUCUGGGCUGGGAUGUCAUGCAUAUACUUGCAUCUAAAUUAUUGAAGUUUGAUUUAAACAGUUGAAGCAUGUAAUGCAUGUUGAAUUGUUUGGGAGAUCGCUGGAUCCAAAAAUUGGCUAUCGAAGCCCCUGAGCUUCUGGGAUUUUCUUUGAAGUGUAGAAAGUUGGAAACAUAAGGACUGGAAUUCAAGAUUGAAGAUUGAUGAGCUGUAGUUGGCACUUAUGAUACGGUCUUCUGUUUUCUAGGAUAGGAUGGUUAAGGAACUACACUCACAGGGAAGAACAGUAAAAGACAUUGCUGAGUGUUUAAAAGGGGUUCCAUUGCAUCAACGUACUGCUGCAGCCAUUAAAUCUGCACAUGCUUUGGGAUGUGAUCUAAAGGUGGUUAGUGAUGCUAAUAAGUUCUACAUUGAGACUAUAUUGAAGCAUCAUGGACUGUAUGACUGUUUCUCAGAGAUCAUCACAAACCCAACUCUGGUGGAUGAACAUGGAAGGCUUCAGAUCUUCCCUUACAAUGACUUGGCGUCACCUCAUGGUUGCCAUCUCUGCCCUUCCAACAUGUGCAAGGGUAUUGUUAUUAAGCGGAUCCAAACUUCAAUUGGUCCACGUAGGGAGGCCAAAUUCAUAUAUCUUGGGGAUGGAAACGGUGAUUUCUGCCCAAUUCUGAAGCUUGGUAAAGGAGACCACGCGUUGCCUCGAAAGGAUUAUCCUUUAUGGGAACUUAUCAGGAGCAAUCAAGAGUUUGUUGAAGCAGAAGUUCAUGAAUGGUGCAAUGGUGAAGAACUUGAGCAAAUCCUUCUUGCACUGAUUGACAGAAUCUCUGGUGAAGAUAUCAAAAAGGCACCGGUGGAUGAAAUUCGUUAGUAUGGUAUAAAUGGAUUAUGCCAGUGACUACUGCACAAGCCCAUAAAUCCAUAACCAACUUUUGCACUGUCGUCUAUCUCUCAAGUGGGUGCUAAUUACCAUUCUGGAUGAUAAGCCAGGGGUCCGGCCUUAUUGCAUCAAGUUUGAUCUUCUGUGCUAGUUUGCUGUAGUAGAAUGACCUAAAUAUCCAUUAACUCUUUCUUCUGAGAUAGGAUACCAUUUAGAGAAACAAAGAGGAGAAUCGUAGCAACCUAAUCAAGUCAAAGGGUGAGAAUAAGUUCCUCUUUGCAGGUUUGCCCAGAAUCUGCUACCAACUUAUCUUCUUUAAAAAGAAAACGAAGAACAAAACACCUGUUAAGAUUUUAUAUUUACGCUUUUCAAAGCUAGACUGAUGAUAAACGAUUGUACGUAGGGGAUAGGACUAUCAUGAAUGAAUGAAUGAGAUUCCUUUGUGAUGUGAAGAGUAGGAAAAUCGUUCAAAA